AGUUCACAGAAAACAGUUGAAAAGGAAACCGUUACUAGAUCUACACUUAAAUGUUGUACUUUAUAGAAUUUUAAACAAUUUAAACCACUUUUUAAUCUAUUAGCAAAGUUUCUUGGUGUGCGGUGAGGAGGUCGGCGGAAGAUGGCUCUUCCUUCUCAGUCUCCUCCUCGGAAGUAGACGUUCGUGUCUAUAUUCCGUUCAUUUUAUUUUUAAUAUCAGUUUGAAAGGAUCCCUCUUAGUUUUUAAAUCCCCCAUCAAAUUUCACGGCAAACAUGGAGGCGAAGCUGGACGCUUAAAAAAGAUGACGGGAUCCGAUUUGCUCCUUUAUUUUACCUCAGUUUAAUGGACCGGAUGAUCUGCGUUUCCCACAGCCUUGCAGGGGAGGUAGCUGUAUCCAGUGGGGAGGUAGGCUUUUCCAGGGUUCGUGAUGAAGUUCACCCUGCCCCUGGAAAGCCGGAAGCUGUCAUCUCUUCUAGAGAAGGCAGUUUCUAGGGAAGCCAGACUAUGGAAGGCUUACGUGCCAAAGAAACCUACCAACCAGGAUACAGAUAUUUCCCCUGAAAAGCAUGAUGAGGCCGUCCGGUGGUUGAGGGAUGUUCAUUCCCAGCUGAAGCUCUAUCCAGAGACCCUCUGCCUGGCCAUCGGCAUCCUGGAUCGCUUCCUCUCUGCCAUUAAGUGUAUCCCGUCUCUGAGAGAGCUGGCGUCCAGCAGCAAAUGUGGCUGUUCCCCGUCUGAGAUCUUGCGGAUGGAGAGGAUAGUUCUGGAUAAGCUGAACUGGGACCUGCACUCCGCCACCGCACUGGACUUCCUUUACAUCUUCCAUGCGAUGGUUUUGAGCUGUAAGUCCGGGCGGCUGAACAUGGCAUUGUCGGGUCUGAACCCGUCUCAGCACGUGGCUCUGCUCACCCAGCAGCUCUUCCACUGUCUGGCCCACAAUGCACUGCAUCAGGUGCCCGGCUCACUGCUGUCCCUCGGCCUCAUCACGCUAGAGCUGGAGAAACUCUGUCCUGAUUGGCUCGCUCUCACUGUCGACCUGCUACACAAAUUACAGAUCGACAGUUCUCAGCUGAUUGGCUGUCGAGAGCUGGUUGCACGUUGCCUAUCCAUGCACACGGCUUCCCUGCCUCCUAACACUGUGUACAUCUACCAUCCCCUGCCGAAUGCCCCGGGGCCUCGGGACGGGGGAGUCCUGCCCCCCUGGCAAGUCUCCCCUGCCCCGAAAGCGCCCUCUGACCCCAACACCACCCACACCCGCACAUGCAAGUCCUCAGCCAAGCGAAAGGUGGAACACAUGGAGGUGGACGAGUAUUUUGACGGGAUCAAGCGCCUGUACAAUGAGGAGAGUCUCCAGGAGGGGGCGCCCACGUGCACUGGCCAAACGGUGGGAGGAGGGCAGGGUCCACCGGUGACACAGCAGAACGCUGGCUCCUCCCCCUGCCCGCCUCUCCAACCGGUCAGAGAAACCUAGAGGAAACAGCCAAACAAUCACACAGCCGCAGCAGCCGCAGUCAUCGCUUCACCUCAGAGCAAGAGAGAGGCCAAAAAUACUAACAAAAAAACCCUAUACUGUGCAUGAUGCCAUUUCAUAAGCUUAAACAUGAGGCUUUUAAAAAAGCAGACAAAAAAAGUUAUAUAAAGGAAAAAUGUUUGCAAAAAAAGUAUAAAUAUUUUUCCCUCCAUCUGUGGAAACGGGUAUUGUUCCUGUUUGUCUCUUUAUAUGUAGUUGCCAAUUUAGUUUCCUGUCAUUUACUUCCUAACUGUUGUCUUCUUUUUCUUUUUGUCAAACACAGACCUCAAAAACCUUUGAGUGCUUUUAAAUAUCAUAUUAAAAUGUUUAUUAAAAUAAUACAAACAAUUAUUUUAAUAAAACUAAUAAAGAAAUAUUUACAUAUUAUUAUUAUUAUUAUUAUUAUUAUUAUUGUUUUUUUUUUUUAAGGCUGUAGUUAAAGAGUGGCAUUUCUGAAGAUGUAUAUUAGUUUUGUACAAAUGUACACUCUCAUUCACGACUGGGUCUGAUUGCUUGAAUGUGUGUGUGUGUGUGAGAGAGCUUUUGAAGGGUGAUAAUGUCCCUAUCACUUCCUUAUACUGAGCAUUAAAGAUGAGCUAAUGUUGUUCGUGGCAUUAGAUCACACAUGGUGUCACUUGGUUAGAUGAUCUGUUUGUCGCUUGUUCUAAACCUAGUAAUGUAACUGUUGUAAUGAGUAGAAUAAAGUGCGUACGAUUCUGAACUAACAUAAGAAGCUUUAUACUGUAACCAUUCCUUUGUUGAUCAUAACAUAAUCCUGCUGAAAGCUCUCUCUCCUGCUCUGAGGUGCUGAUGACAGUCGGGCCGCUGCUGAGAAACCUCCCAGUGCUCAAAUAAAUGAAAAUCUUACUGA